AUGCCUCCUCAGAGGCAUGAGCUGAGGAGACUGGGACAACCCUCCUCUCCUCCCCUAGAGGGAGGGUCCGCCCCUCCCCCACCGCUGGUGACACUGGUUCAGUCUCAUGUGGUUUUUAUUGAGCCUGAUCACACAGUCCAGGACCCAGACGGGAGAGCAGGGAAAAAUAUCCAGGAGAGGGCAGCUGCAGCUACGUUACACAGAAGGGUGAUCCGCAACCGCAGGAAUAUCAGCUGGUACAAACAGCACUCGGACUUCUGGAACUGGUACAAGUACUUCACCGACAACGGCAACCAGGAGGCAGUUCAGGAGAUGGACCGUAUCUACCUGUCCUACCUGCAGAACAAGAAUCGUGCUGAGGUACGUCGCUCCUAUAUGGCCUCCCUGAGACACCUGGCGGAGAUCUACAAGUCCUGCGCCAAUUCUGAUGACCCCAACUGUGUGGCUUCCUACACCAGCAGGUCGAAACCUGAGCCCCGUAGAGUUGCACCAAUAAAAACCUGUGAUCCCACCAAGGAUUCCUACUGCCUGUAUGCUGCUUUGGUCCAGGGCAGGAGCCCCUACCUGCCUCUUGUGCUCCCUGCUACCACCCCUAACCCAGCACCAGUCAAGGCCCCAGGCCCCCUUAUGUCCACUCUGCUGUCCCCAUCACAGACCCUCAGUCUGGCAUCUCAUCAGUUAAAAAACUUGGCUGGAGAGGCAAGUGACCCCAAGAAAGACCCCAACCUGGUGCAGAAAGCCUCCUCUGGUUUCUACCUACAGUACCCUCAUUGUGAUCUUCUCUGGGAUCCCCACUGUGCUUAUGCUACCUCUCAUGUGGCGACCUAUGCCCCCAACCCCCCAUUCCCUGCUGGCCCUGGAUCUUGCAACCUUCUUCCUGAAGAUGGCUGCAACCCUCUUACUGCCAACAGAUUUGCCACUCCCCCAGAGGCAUACAAUAAUGAGGAGACAGAUGAGGCUGCUGCAAUUCGUACUGACCCUCCUGCUGCUGAGCAGCACAGUGACCCCUAUGCCAUGUUUAGGGAUACUUAUGCCAGUGCUAACAGAGCAGAUCCUUAUGCUAUGUACCGCCACACGAGCGCCUCAGCUUCUCUUCCAGCCAUUGACCUUUAUGUCAUUCUGGGUCGAUAUAUGGAUCAACCUGAAGAUAAUGAUCCAUAUUCCUCUCACGUGGAGGCUGCUCCAGAAUACAACCAUAACGAUCCUUUCUCUGCAAUUCAUGUGGCACUGGCUGCGACACAUCGCCACAGUCCUCCCACCCCCUGGCAGCAGUACCCUUCUUCCAGUCCCAGCUAUGAGGAGCCUGCCCAACCUCUGGGCCCCCCGGGUAAAACCAAGGAGGGCUAUGACUGCUUCAUUGGCUACGAUCAUGAAUGUUACCCCUCAACGCUUAGUGAUCCUCAAUCUGGAGCUCGCCCCUGCAUUCCCCAGACUGCCGAGGCCUAUGAGCCCCACCUGAAUGUAGGCGGCACACGACAUGGAGUCUUGGAGCCAGCCAACCCACACUGUGACCCAGAGUAUGACCCUGACUGUUGCCUGUGUCACUAUGAGCCCGAACAGACCCAGGUCCAGCCCAAGCAUCACGCCAAGAAGGAUCACAACCAGGAGGCAGCAGAGACUGAGCAGCAACCAGAGCACCAGGAGCAGGAGUAUGAGGCAGAGCCCUCCCAGAGUGGCCAGGAGGAGCCCCACAUGUCUGACCAGCUGCUCCCACAGAGUGUGCCCAGCCUUCAGGACAUACUGAGGGGCUACGGAGACCAUUACCCUGAGCAGGAUGAUCACAGAGCUUAUGCAGAUGAUUAGAGCAAGAAGUAAACAAACCAGCACACAUGCAUGCAGAUGGACAUGAAUACACAGUCACAUGCGUUCUUGUAGCUUGCAGCAUUAGUCGUCUCGCACUGUGCACACCCAGUCCAAACUGGACCAGAUAUGAGACAUGAGAGACGUCUGUGGACCUACUGAAUGAGUACAUCAUGCACGUACAUAAACACACAGCUUCCAGCAACAUGUUCAGAAAGCCAAGGGUGCUCCAGCAAUGUUUUCAUCCCUUUAGCUGCUUCAGAUCUUUGCUUUGGCAUGUUGCUUUUCAUUUUCCACCACAAACCUCCUCAGGCCACUAAAAUGUGUAAUGACUGCAGCUUU